CAGCGGUGUGGGUGCCGUGCGGCUGAGAGAAGGUAAUGGCCAGGAGGAACGUCCUACAAGAGAUCCCCAUCUCGGUGCCGCAGACCGAACAGCAGUCCUAUCAGAUGGUGACCGAGGAGGAGGAGGAUUCGCUCCCGUACAACAAGCCGAUCCCCUCCGCGCAGCGGCCGCACUCCAGGUACAUCAGCAAUGACGAGUCCAAGGAGAACAUCACCCCAUCCCAGUUGGAAAAUAUUUUUCAGGAGAAGAGUCAAGUGAAGACUUUAGAUGGCAGCAGUGUUGGAGACGAACCAGGAGCCUUGAGCAAUGUAAAUGUGUUCACCCCUAAGAGAUCAGAGGGGUCACCUGAGGACCUGCAGCCAUGUAGCACCCCCAUGGACUUCUCUACGGUCACUGUGGAAAAUCUGGACAUCACUAGUGAAAGCUUCACCACCAAGUGUGCCAGUGACGGCAAAUCUCCAAAAUCCUUCUAUAAACACAGGCGCAGGUCGACAAUCGGGGUCCGGGGGUCGCCUGAAAUGAAUUUCUUAAUCCGUCAGAUUGCACUCCAGAGAAGCAACAGGAAGAGCGAACCGGAGCCCGAGGGUAACCCGUUCUCGUCACCACGAAACUCCGUACUAAGAGAGAAAAUCGCCGCUUUCCGGAAUGCUUUCCAGGCGGUUGAGGAAACGGAGGGAAAAUUGGCAUUUCCAGGAUUUUCAGAAGUCGAGGAGUUGAAAUCUGGGAGAGGAGAGAGGACAUCUGAGCCGCCAGAAAAAAGGAAGAAAAUAUGUGGCCCUUCAGAUGUGGACCUACCAAAUGAGUUACAUAAAACCUCAGCAGCGUCGUGUCCGGCACAACCUUCGGAGAAAUCUGUGCCAGAGAAGACCCUGGAAAGUGACUGCACUUUAGCAUCUAGACCGCUGACUGAAGUCCCCAGCAAGUCGGUGGAGGUGCUGACCGAUGAAGCCCAAAUGUUACCGGACACCUCCAGAUCCCGUAAAAGGAAGGUGAUGUUUGCAGGUGCAAGUCCUCCAGAACCUGAGCAGUCUCUGAAAACAGAAGAUUCCUCUGGACUAGUCCUUAAACCUGCGCUGAAAAAGACUCCUAGACGAGAUUUUCUCCAUUUUCAGCUCGGGUUCCCAGAGGAGGACGGAGAUCUGUUUUCACUAGAUGAAGAAGCAGAUGAUGAGAUUAAUAAUAAACCUGUAGAUUCAGUGAAGAUGAAGAAGAGGGUGACCUUUGGAAGGGAGCUGAGCCCUGAGAUUUUUGACAAAACCCUCCCGGCUAACACGCCUAUACGUCGAGGCAGUACACCAUAUAAUUACCAUAAAUUUGAUGCCACUCCAUCUGCGGAACAAUCCUUCUGCCAGAGCCCAUCUGCCUGUGCGCCAGUGCCACAACCGGACUUUGACGAGGAGGAGACCCUUCAGCCUGUCUCUUUGUGCUUUGAUGCUGCCUCGGACAGCGACUCUCCAGUAUCCCCCGCUUUGCCAGAGCACAGAGCGGAGUGUGAUCCUCAUGAGGUCAGUGCGGCUGCAGAUAUUAUAAAUGAAUCUUUUAUUGCCUCACCAGAAGUCUCUCCUGCUGCAACAACCAGACAGACUCGCUCCAGGCAGAAGUUGACCAGCAGUAAGACGAAUCCAGAAAGAAAUGGUUUAAAGUCUAAAGGGAGAUCCAAUGCUAAAAAACCCAAGAAGUCUGCGAUUGGCAAGAAAGUCCAGACAUAUGUUUCCCGUGGAAGAGGCAAGAAGAAAGGAAUGAAGUCCAAGAAAUCUGUCCAGAAACCUGUGCAUAGCGAGCGAGAAGUGGUAUCCAGGAAGCCUCUGCUGAGUCCUAUCCCAGAGUUACCAGAGUGCAUCCCCACACCACCUGCUUCCACGUCCCAGAGCUUUCUACAUGUUGGGAAAUCCUUCCACGAGCAUCCAAUGAAGAAGGUCCACACAGAAGUCCUGGAGAACCAUUUUCCCUUUACACUCGAGGAUUCUUUGGAGAGGAGUUUUGAAGAAAAGGCUCCAGAAAGACCAUCACUCUGUGCAGUAGAAGAUGUGCAGACUCCAGAUGCAUCAACCGCUCCAGCACUGGUGGAUGUCAAAGUCUCUAAUGGAUCACCAGAAAAGAGUGAAGAAGUCUUAGAUUUGAUCCCACAGGCUGACCUUGUAAGCAGUGAAUGUCCUCAGUCCUCUACUGUCAUUGAUGUGAUAGCUCAAAUAACCAAAUCAACUACAAGUGGUCUUGCCUCCAGUUCAGUAGAGAAGAUAAGUAAAUCCAGGAGUACAAAGAGGCGUUCUUCCUCUUGCAGAUCUGUAUCCCAUGCCUCUGUAAAUUCAGAAAAUACUGUAGAUUGUGUAAAACAAGAAGACACCCACCCCACUUCUCACACACCAGAGACAUGUAUCGAUUACCCAGUGCAAGGAGCAGUCGAAGUGUCCUCCGUGCCUAAUGAGCUUGCAGAAGAAAGCUCAACCACUAGCCACUCAACACCACCUAUAAGCUCAGUCACAACUGAACGCAAAAAAUCUAGAAGAUCAUCAAGGGUCCAUGUUUCCAACAUCCUGUCUGCAAACCCCGAACAAAGAGAGCAAACUAUUCCGGGGGAACAUACCGCUUCCAUGCUGCCUUAUCCAGUUGACCCCUCUCUGAAUGACUUUUGUCUUCCUAUUGAUGAAGCCUUGCAGUUCCCACAACCAGAGAAAAAGGUGAGGCGCAGUAUGAGACUGCGCAGAGAUUCUGGGGUCAUUGGCUUGUCUUGGGUGCAGGAAAAUGAUGUCAAUGAAACGACUGGGAGGAGGAAAUCUUUAAGUUCUGUCACGAGGCUUGAGGAGAGCUCCGCAUUGUCCUUGGAGAACACAGCUCAUAGUCCAAACAAGGAAAACUUGAGCAGCUACCAUGUGGCUAACCCCCCCAGGAGAGCAAGACGAAGAAGCUUGUGUACCACCACCAUUCAGGAAAGCUUAUCCACCUGUGAUAAAAAGCGGAGGUCCAACUGUUUCUACAAGGCUCCUAACGCCAUGCCUACAUCAGAUGAAGCCGACCGCAGUGCCCUAGUACCAGAUGCAUAGGAAGACCACAUGUCUCAUGGACCUUACCUUUUCCAUACCAAAAGUACUAUGUCUAUAUAGACUCCUCUCUUGUGGGGUCCCACCGCUUGCCAUAUGGUGGGUCAGGCAACCCUUCCUAAAAUGUGAUGAGGGAUUCAGUCUGGAAUUUUACACCUUCCCAUUGCUCAUGUUUGUAUAUAUCUUGUGCCUUUUCCCUUGGCCAUGAGCACAUGUUGACUUGUGACCUUUUUUGUAUGUUGUCUGUCCUUCCUUCCUUUAUUAAAUGUCUCUUUUGUA